AUGUGGGGAGCUCCCCGACAAAACAUCCAGCGCAUCCUCUCCUCUCUCGGGGGCGAUGUGGCUAUAAAUUCACCACAUUGUCAUCGGCUUGCUGUUCCUACAGCAAUGGAAAGCUUUGAUGAUGUGCCCCUCGCCGGGCCAGUGUCUCACGAUCCGGUGUUCGAGCACCUCUCUAUCCCCCAGGCUGAACCGACCAAUUCGACGUCAGACACGGGCGCAAACCCAGAACCGUCGAAUGCAUCCUUAUCAAACCACCCAGCAAGAUCCGGAACGCCAUCGCAGCUGGAAACCCCGAAUGAUAAUGGACUGGCCAGUGACCCGUCGAUCGCGUCGGAGUUUCCUCCCUUGUCCUAUAACCCACCAUCUGGAGCUCAGAUCGGGGAUGAGGAAGGUGAUGGGGAGGACGAGGAGCCACGGGUCGCGACUUCAUUUGAGCGGGAGUCGUCACCCACGUCGGCGCAGAAGCACCGGUCGGGGGUGGACAGCGGAGAAGACGAGGCUAUCAAUCGCAUGCACAAAUUCACACUCUACGAGACUGCCACUCGGUUUUAUAUGGUCGGGAUCAACCUCGCUGAGACGCGCUUCCGGAUUUUGAAAAUUGACCGGACGUCCGAGUCGGGCGAGCUGAGCAUCAUCGAGGAUGACAUGGUCUAUACCAAGCGGGAGAUGGUUCAGUUGCUCGACGCCAUUGACGACGGCAACAAGAGCUCCGGUGGCCUGAACCAAAAGUGUAGCGCCCAGGUGGCCAUGCUCGGUGGCCACAAUGUGUAUAAGAUUGACGACACGGAGCUGAUCUCAUUGACAACAUCGGAUUCUUCACGGCUCAAAACAGACAAACACCCAGAAGAAGCCAGAUAUAUUGCCAUUUUGAACAAUCUUGACCUCACCCGGUCUUUUUACUUCAGCCACUCCUACGACCUCACUCGCUCGCUUCAAGAUAAUAUCUGCUGGGAACGCGAAGCUCACCAGGAUGGACUCCCCCAGCGCCUGACACAGGACCACAACACCAUGUUCAUCUGGAACCAUCACCUCCUCAGUCCUGCGGCGGCCACCCUCAAGAAUCCUUACGAGUGGUGUCUUCCCAUCAUCCAUGGCUAUGUGGACCAGUCGAAAAUGAGCGUAUAUGGGCGAUUAGUCUACAUCGCCAUUAUUGCUCGCCGAUCCCGGUUUUUUGCAGGCGCACGAUUUCUCAAGCGCGGUGCGAACGAUUUGGGACAUGUGGCUAACGAUGUGGAAACCGAACAGAUUGUCUCGGAGCAAACAACGACAUCAUUUCACUCCGCCGGUCCAAUCCUCCAUGCCAAUCCUCAUUACACCUCCUAUGUCCAACACCGGGGGAGCAUACCGUUGUACUGGACGCAGGAGAACACAGGGGUGUCGCCGAAGCCGGAUAUUGAGCUGAAUCUAGUGGAUCCGUUCUACUCGGCAGCUGCACUUCAUUUUGACAAUUUGUUUGAGAGAUACGGCGCUCCCAUAUAUGUCCUGAAUCUGGUCAAGUCCCGAGAGCGAACGCCAAGAGAGUCGAAACUGCUUAAGGAAUUCACCAACGCAGUGAACUACUUGAACCAGUUUCUUCCACCGGACAAGAAGCUUAUCUACAAAGCCUGGGAUAUGAGCCGUGCGGCGAAAAGCCGAGACCAGAAUGUCAUUGAGACACUGGAGGGGAUUGCAGGCGAUAUAAUGCCCAAGACCGGGUUUUUCAAGAACGAAUUUGAUGCUGAAUCGGGCCUGCGGCUCCAGAACGGCGUCGCGAGGACCAACUGCAUCGAUUGUCUCGACCGCACAAAUGCGGCGCAGUUCGUCAUUGGCAAGCGAGCCUUGGGCUACCAGCUUCAUGCGCUUGGUGUCAUCGAUGAAACCACAGUUGAGUAUGACACGGAUGCGGUCAAUCUCUUCACGAACAUGUGGCAUGAUCAUGGAGAUACCAUUGCCAUUCAGUACGGCGGAUCCCAUCUGGUCAACACCAUGGCCACCUAUCGCAAGAUCAACCAGUGGAGCAGUCACUCGCGCGAUAUGGUGGAGAGCUUCAAGCGGUACUACAAUAACUCGUUUCUGGAUGCCCAGCGCCAGGAGGCAUACAAUCUGUUCCUUGGCAACUACAUCUUCUCACAGGGUUCCCCAAUGCUAUGGGACCUCUCCACCGACUAUUACCUACACCAUGCCGAUCCCCGAUCCUACUUGGAGCAAAAGCGACCCAACUACAUCUCCUGGUACACGCCAGAACACUUGAAAGAAAGAGAGAUGCCCCCCCUGCCUUCUCGUCCCAAAGAACCGCUGCCGCGCUUCGACGACUACUGGCUGGAAUACUACCGACCGCUUGCUUUAUCCACUCUCUCCAAGAUCUUUUCCUACAAAAUGAACUCAACUCUCCGCUACUUGCCUCCAUUCCGGCCAAGCCAAGAAGCACCCGACCUCAGCCCGUUCGUACCUCGCAUCCCCGCCGACCAGGUGCAGCGCGAUCGUCCACCGCAGCGCAGCGUCAAAAUUCAAGAACCCUCCGACAACCGUCGUCGUUACUCGGGGCCUACGCAGGCACUCCCCGAAUCCGCCCACAUAUGGGCCCACCAGCUUCCCUCGUCGGAGAAGCGAGCACCCUCUAUGGGAAUCAUCAAAGAGCCGGCGUUUGAAUUGUCCCAAGCCUCUCGCGUUCCGCCCAUCCACCCGCCCAGCACCUCCUCCACCCCCAGCAAAGCUCAAAUCGCCCAAUGGACCCUCGGCCAACUGGUCACGGACUCCCUCAAUCCAUCCGUCACCGCUACCGAGGCCGAGGAGUAUGAGCGCUACAUCAACCACCCGCUCAAGGUUCCUCUGGUCGUCACGUCCGAGGAUGAAAUGACUGCUGCCUCGCUCCGUGCGCACGGUCCCAACCUCGAUCUGCUCGAGUAUGCGAAUAAGUGCAAUGUCGAGGAGUCGACUCUCGAAACUAAUGCCGAAGAGAACAUGGCUGAUUAUGCCGAGUUUCUGAAUGUCUCGGAGGAAGGGCUCACUGUUGUCGGUGAGGACUAUGAAAAGAAGAGAUAUAAACGGUAUCGCCAGUGGCUACGAGGCAAGAGUCUUUUCAAGCAGCGGGUCGAUGUGUGA